AUUGAGGCUAUGAUCCUGUAUUCAUCUGAGGGGCAAAUUCAUGAAUUCGCGAGCAAUUCCGGCUGUAUCGCAUUUAGUGGCUUGGUGACAGAGGUCGGGUCAAGGCGCUCUCGGUUUAAGCCAUCUAACAAAGUAUGUGGCAUCAUAACACCAUGUAGAGUAGGUGAAAAGAUUCGUGUUAAGGAAGUUCAUUUGCUGAUCCAGCCAGAAGUAUUCACUGAAGUACAAGCAGCAGCCUUUCCCUAUUGCAUCGUUAUUGCGUGCAAAGUUCUUGAUCGGUCUUUAUCCGGAAAGACAUCACCCACCGUGCUUAUUCAUGAAGCUCAAACUGGACUGGGAUACACAACUGCCGCCAUCGCUGCCGCAAUGGGACACAAAACAGUUUGCUCUACGACACAGUUAGGCAAUGAAAGCACCAGGAGGAUUUUACAGAAUGCAGGAAUCGAGGGUAUUGUUGACGUAAGCUGUCUCGACCUCGAAGAUGAGUGCAAAGCAAAAUUUGACGCUGUUCUGUUUUUGUCUAGUCCAAAACCUGGUGCCAUGAAGCGAAGCCUGUCCUCUUUGAAGCAUGAUGGAAAACUAGUAGUUGCUUGUGAAGAUUUCACAGGACAAGCUAUCCUCUCUGGAAGAAGCUCAAUCUGCUAUGAUAGGAUUAGACCAAGUGAAUUGCUUAUGGGAACAAAUGAGAGUUUCGAAGAGAUGUGGCUCAGUUGUCAGUCGAUGUUAAUGAGAACUGGAGUACUUCAAAAGCUUCUGGUCGUACCACAAGAGACUACAAGCGUCUAUCGUGCAGUCAAGAAGUGGAAUUCCGAAGAAAAAUGGCCUCAACAGGAAAAACGCUCCACCAUAUACAGGAUGUUUAUGUUUGAUAAAAAUGAACGUCCGUGUGCUCAGAUCCCAGGACUAGACAUCUUCGGACUGAAACGGGACAGGACAUAUAUGGUUGCAGGGGGUGUUCGAGGUUUUGGAUUCCAAUUGGCCCAGUCUUUUGCAGAGAACGGAGCAAAAACAGUCGUCCUUCUUGCAAGGUCUCCCCCUAGCGAAGAAAAGAAAAAAGUUGUUCAAGAGAUUGAAAGAAGGACAGGUGCACGGAUGAUCAUGGAGCAGGUUGACUUGUCCAGUGAGACGCAAAUGAAGACACUAGAGUUAAAGCUGAAAGGGCUUCCUAGCAUGGCCGGCAUUGUCCAUACGGCAGUGGUUCUACACGAUGCCUUCGUGCACAACAUGGAACUUGACAGCUUCAAAAAAGUAUUGGCACCGAAACUCAGGGGAGCAUUUCUACUUCACAAAAUGAGUCUCCAGAUGGACUUGGAUUUCUUCGUCUUGUUCUCCUCCCUUGCUUCGGUAAUGGGCGGUCGAGGACAGUCUGCGUAUUCGGCUGCAAAUGCCUUCUUGGACUCGCUAGCAGGGUACAGGCGCCAUACGCUUGGCCUACCUGGUCUCGCUAUCAACUGGGGACCAAUUGGCGGAGCAGGGAUACUCACCAGGGAGCUAAAGAUCGCAAAUCUGCAUGCGGAGUAUGGGUUCGGUUUACUUGAUGCUGAAUUGGGCUCAAAAUUUCUGAUCGAAAUCUUGAAAUGCCAGCCAAGCAGGUGUCAGGUCACUCUGGCCGAAAUAGACUGGGUUCAGUUUUUCAAAACAAGUGAUGAGUCUGCGCGAUCAACACGUGUCAAAAGUCUGAGAAGUGAGGUGGAGGAUAAGAGUGAGCGGCAUACAGACGAGACGGCAUCACUGGCUUCACGCAUCUUGUUUCAGACAGACACAACUAAGAGGGAGCACUUGAUCGAAGAAUUCGUGAUGUCAACAUUGGCUCGUUGCUUUGAGCUAGACUCAUUUUCAGAAGCAGACCGGACAACAAGUUUGUACGCCUUUGGGGCUGAUUCAAUCACGGCACUUACGCUGAAAGCAGCCUUCGAGACGUCACUUCAAAUGUCUUUCGAGGUGUUCUACUUCUUACAACCCGAAAUCAGCGCAGUGAAGAUUGUAAGAGACUUGCAAGAAAUGAUGUCUAACCCAGAGAACCAGCAAGAAAUUCAACAGCAGCAACACACUGCAUUCGUAAAGACGAUCGAACAAGAAGACACCACGCUCAUGAGCCCAUUAUCUUUCAAUGACUCCUCAAAUGGUGCAAAUGAUUCCGAGAAGGAUACGGUGAAGGUUGUUCCAAUCUAUGCUCCUGAGGAUGCCGAGGUGAAGUUCUUCUGUAUCCACCCGUCGCAUCGUUAUGUUAUGAGUGUUGCGCCAUUCGCUUCGGGAUUUAGAUCUCAGACUCUCGUCGCUAUGUACUCAAUUGGUUUUACGGAGCCUGUCUAUCAUGGUGCUGAUUGUUCGAGCGUGCGCGAGCUGGCUAGUCAUUACGUCAGCCUCGUGCGAGAGGAGCAAAAGCAUGGACCAUACUUUCUAGGAGGAUAUUGUUUUGGAGGCUUGGUGGCGUACGAAAUGGCGUGCAUACUAACGGAGCAGGGAGAGAGUGUGGGGUUUGUUGGCAUGAUCGACACCUAUGUCUGGUUACCUCCAUCCGGAGGUUUUGGAAGGUUUUCGUCCUACUUCCUUCAAGAUUUCGAUCCAGAGAAACAAGUAGAGAUUCGUAUGGAGUCGUAUCUGUCGCGCAUCGCCAUAAAUAAUUUGGCAAUGAAAGAGGAGGAGUAUCAACGCAUGCGCGCCGAGCACUCAAUUUCGGAUGUUAUGGAUCUCUUGCAGCAACGAAGCUGCGAUCUCGACAAGCCUUUAUACAAUUUGAAAGACAUGCGAGACAACUUGCACCACGACAUCGUCACUUCCCGAAAAAGGCAAGAUGAAUGGGAACCGGCAAAGGUACAAUACGAAGGCCCUGUUUUGUACAUACGUUGCGAAGACCCAAAGUAUUGUCCUGUACUGUGGCACUACAAAUCCUCUGACAGAGCUUGGGAAGAUGUGCUUCCUGGCCCAGUGGAUGUGUGUAUGUGUCCAGGAGACCAUUUUUCCCUUGGGCUACUUCCAGAGGCUCGGCCUGUUGGAAUGAUUAUGGUUAACUCCAUAAGCUUUCGGUACAGAACGCUUUUCCCAGAGCUUUAUCCACUCGAGCUCGAUUACAAGCAUCGAAGAGCGAUCAGGACAUAUUUGGGAGGGAUUCCUGUCGUACUGUAUGGUGAAAAUGGCAAAGGAUGCAAAACAGGAAAAGUCUCCUUGAAGAGGGAGAAGCAAGAAUUGUGCUUUAUGAGCAGUAGCAGAAGAUCAAGAAACAUCGGCAUCCCUCUCAAAGAUGUGCGUUCUGUACUUCCUGGAAAGUAUGUCACCCAUGCAACAAGGAAAUGGGCGAGAAAAUCUCUUGAUCACCUUCUCCAAGACCUCGGGAAUGUGGUCUCGGUUUUCGCUAAUCGCACAUACGACUUUCAGUUCUCAAGCAUCGAGGACACCCAGAUGUUUGUUUUGCUGACUGAGGCACUUUUCAACGUGAACAUUGCAGACAUGUUCUAGACUCAUUUUUUUUUUUGCAGCUUGUCUUGCAAAAUAGUUG